AAUAAAUAAAAAUUGAAUGAAUAAAGCUCCAUUGUUGAUAGAGAUGGAUUCUAUAAAAGAAGUUGAAAAUCAUAAAGUAAGUGGAGUUAGACCUUCAAAAUUUUCAAUAGUGAGUCGACUAUCAGUUUAAGAUUUACAAAGUGCAUGGUUUUAUGUAUAAGAGACUUGGAAAAGUGGAAUGUCAUAAGCAGCAUUAAAUAUGCCAUUUGUUUUAGCAUUAGGAGCUAAUUCAGGUGUAUCUGCUGCAAUGGGACUUACUACUGCUUUUAUAGCUGCAUUUGUAAAUGGGUUUUUUAGUGGUAGUAAUCAUUCAAUUUACAUGCCAUGUUGGACAAUAACAGGAUGGAAUUAUGUUUUAACAUAAUAAUAUGGAAUUUAAAUAUUACCAUUAGCUACUUUAGUAUCUGGUUUAAUGAUAUAUUCAAUUAGUUUAUUUAAAUGGCAUUAAUUGUCUGAUUAUAUUCCUUAAUAUGUAAUAGAGGGAUUUUAUUUAGGAAGUGGUUUCCUGUUUUUAAUUUUGUAUAGUGAUUAUAUAUUUGGAAUAACAGACAAUCAUACAAAUGUAGGUUAAAAAUUAUACUCAAAUUUAUUAGAGAUGUAUAUUUAAUAUUAUGAGAGAGGAGAUCUCUAUAAUGUACUUUACACUUUAUUAAUAUUUAUGUUCUUAUAAUCUGGAUAUAAAUUUCAUAGACCUUUUCCUUGGGUUUUAUUAACAACAUCAUUUGGAUUGUUGAUUGGUAAUUUAUAUCCAACUGAUAAAUGUUUAAGAUAUGUUUAUGGAAAUAUAAAAAUAUAAUUUAACUUCAUAUAAAUAAAUGAUUUAGAUUUAGGUUUUGAAUCAAUUUUUGAGAUUAUUUAAUUAUGUAUUCCAAUAGCUAUUUGUGUUACUAUACAAAAUUUAUUAUGUGCAAGAGGAGCUUAGUCUUUGACUGAAGUGAAAUGUGAUUAUGAUCAAGAAACAUUUUGUGUAUCAUUUGCUAAUGUUAUUAGCGGUUUAGUUGGUGGUAUUCCUUGUUGUGCAUCCAGUAGAAUGUACACUCUUAAUAUCAGAUUAAGAGAUAUUAAUAAAUGGUCUUCAAUAAUAAAUGCUUGUUCAAUCUUUAUAUUUUAUGGAGUUGCCUCUUAAUUUUUUAUGAACAUACCUUUAUAUGUUAUAGCUGGUUAAAUUUUAUUAGUUGUUUAUCAGUUUCCCCCUUGGAAUUAUCUUAUUAAAUUGUAUUAAACGAAAAGAAGAUUAACUUUAUUUAAAUGUAUAUUAAUAUCUUGGAUUUGUUAUAAUUAUGGAGCAAUGUAUAGUACUAUUAUUGGUUGUUUACAUUCAUUAUUUUUAUUUGCAUAAAAAAUGAGUGGAGCAGCAUCUGAAAUCAUUGUUAAUACUGAUCAUGAUGCUCAUCGAUCUUCAUAUAUUGAAAAAGAAUAACAUUUUGAUGAUGAUUUACCUAAAGUUGAUGGCUCAUACACACUAUAUAGAUUUAGUGGCUCAAUCAAUUAUAUUAAUAUUAAUGUAUAAUUUAUUAUUAUUAUUUUUAUCAGAAUCAUAUUAAUUAAAUCAAACAACUAGCCUUUACAGAUUACAUUAUUUUUAGCUUUAGAUAUGUUAGUGUAUUUGAUGAAUAAGCUAUUGAUAAAUUAGCAAUCAUUUUUGAAAAUCUCAUGAGUAUGCAAUUUAUUUCAAUCCCUUAGAAUCUUAACAUGAAAUCUAUUUAACUGGAUUGCAUAAAACUAUGAUUGAAGAAAUGGAAUACAAUUCCUUUUUCAAAGAAUUCUUCUUAUUAUGCCAUGAUAAAGUUAAGACUCUAGGUUAAUGAAC